AUGACCCAAUUUAGACGUCCAUCGAUUCAAUCAACGUCUCUUGUCAUGGAUUUCGCAAAUAUGGACUCGAGAUUCCAAGACAUCCCGCGCGCGCCCCAUGACCAUGGUAGCGACCUGCAGCAAGCACCCCCUCUGUGA